AAACAAAAGUGAUUUGAUUGCGUUCCCGAGCGUGCGGUCCCAGUUGCAUUUUGUCGCGAUCUUCAGAGUCGCACUCACAGGGAUUAUAAUCUAUACUUACCAAUAAGCAGAUCUUUAUCGUCGAACUUGUGACUGAGUGAGUGAGCAAAAAGCCUCCGCUAAUAUUUUUCCUACACUCUCUUAGAGAUGAAUUGCCUUCAGAAUCUUCCCAGAUCCUCAGUCUCACCUUUGUAUGGCUUUGGGGGCAAUCAAAGAGUCCCUUCUUCGCCUUCUUCUUUGAAGAUGAUGCUGCUACCGAUCAAAGCCAAUGAUCUUAAAUUGCGACUUGUCUUACAGGCUGUAUCAGAUUCGAAAUCCACCAGCGCAGAGGUGAGUGGUGUUUCAAACAAAGAGGAGGAAGAGAAAUCUGAUGAAUAUAGCCAAGACAUGACUCAAGCUAUGGGUGCUGUUUUAACCUACAGGCACGAGUUGGGAAUGAACUACAGCUUUGUUCGUCCUGAUUUAAUUGUUGGAUCUUGCUUACAGACCCCUGAAGAUGUUGACAAGCUCCGUAAGAUUGGGGUCAAAACCAUAUUCUGCUUGCAACAAGAUCCAGACUUGGAAUAUUUUGGAGUAGAUAUAAGCAGCAUUCAAGCAUAUGCCAAGACGUUUGCUGAUAUUCAGCAUAUUCGCUGUCAAAUAAGAGACUUUGAUGCGUUUGAUUUGAGACUGCGUCUUCCUGCCGUGAUAAGUACACUAUACAAAGCCGUUCAGCGAAACGGAGGAGUUACAUACGUCCACUGCACUGCUGGAAUGGGAAGGGCUCCUGCUGUUGCGUUGACAUACAUGUUCUGGGUGCAAGGCUAUAAACUUAUGGAAGCUCACAGAUUACUUAUGAGCAAACGAACAUGCUCUCCAAACUUGGAUGCUAUCAGAAAUGCAACAAUUGAUAUUCUUACAGGACUCAAGAAGAAGAUUGUUACACUGACACUGAAAGACAAAGGGUUCUCCACAGUAGAAGUUUCUGGCCUUGACAUUGGAUGGGGGCAGAGGAUACCUCUAACACUGGACAAGGGAACAGGACUUUGGAGCCUAAAGAGAGAAUUGCCUGAAGGACAGUUUGAAUAUAAAUAUAUUAUAGAUGGUGAAUGGACACACAAUGAGGAAGAGCCGUUCACAGGACCUAACAAAGAUGGUCAUACCAAUAAUUACGUAAAAGUGGUGGAUGAUCCAACGAGCGUGGAUGGAGCAACAAGGGAGAGGUUAUCGAGUGAAGACCCUGAGCUGUUGGAGGACGAACGUUUGAAACUAAUCCAGUUCUUGGGGACUUGUUCUGAGGCAGAAGUUUGAGACUUGAGAGCAAUCCUUGUGAAUGUCACUUACUAGUAACAAUAAUUAAUAAAAUGCUUUUAUGUUGGUAAUACAUAAAGUUACGUUUAAAGCAAAAAAAAAAAAGACAUGAAGUUAGUUGUACA